GAUACAUCUCAGUUGGUGCGGUCAGCAUAGCUAGUAUUAAAUAAGCUUAUGGUCAUAAUCUGCCCCAUUGGUCUGGUGAAAUGAAUCUGCUUUUGGUUGCUAUGACAUCUGAGCAUCAAGAUCUGAAGACAUGGCAAGCCACUCUGCAGCUGACUACCAGCUGCUGUUGGACAUGGAGCAGCUGGAGGAGGAGAUGGCCCGCAUGAUCGACCAUGGCGAGCUGGCCGAGACCUGCCAGCUGCAGCUCACCGAGCUAGAGAUGUUGGCUGCCAUGUUCCCGAACGCUGGCGAGCUGAAAGUGAUCGACCCUGCGGCCGUGGCCGAGAUGACUGAGUACGUGGAGGGCGGCCUGCGGGAGCCCCCGGCCCGGCUCGACUACACCAUCGCCUUCCAGACCGGACAGGGCAAGUUGGAGUUAUCGGUGCACCUGCCACUGGACUACCCCAAUGUGGAGCCGGACGUGUUCGUUAGGAGUGACGGCUUGAACCGCUCCCAGUCUCACAGCAUCAACCAGCACCUGGCGCGGCACAUACAGGGUUUGGAGCCUGGGCAGCUCUACAUUGGAUCCGUGGUCUCCUGGCUGCAGGAGAAUGGAGACAAAUACAUUCGGAACGAGCUCCAGAUCAAGGACGACUCUGUAGAGGAGGAGCACCCGGACCAAUUCACGAGGCUCUGGAUCUACUCGCAUCAUAUCUACAGCAAGGUCAAGCGGCGAGACAUGCUCGAGCUGGCCAAAGAGUGCUCCGUCACCGGCUUCAGCCUGCCCGGCAAGCCAGGCAUCAUCUGCGUGGAGGGACUCGCGUCCAGCACAUCGGACUGGUGGAAGCGGGUGAAGGCGUGGAACUGGAAGCGGAUCAUGGUGAAGAAGAAAGAGGUGGUCGACGUAGAGGGCCGCGAUCCAGACACGCUGCGCCUCUUCUCCGUGUUCGAGGAGAUCAACAUGGCACCUGUCUCGCGCACUGGCAGCAGAGAGCACCGCAUGGAUAUGGGUCUGUUCUUCCAGUACCUGGAGGACCACAACUGCGCGCAGGUGUUCAAGGACUACUUUGGCGUGAGCGGCCGCGCGUCAACCUCCAGGGUUUGACCCGGCCCUACUGCUGGCCAUGCUAGCCUUUUUCGACUUGGCGACGGGCGCAGCCCAUGGGUGUAGCUUUUUAGUUUAUGCGCUUUGACCGGCUGGGCGUUUUCUGAGGCCUGGACGAAGGAAUGCGCUUUGUGAUGUGUAUCUGGUCCACGAAAGCUGCGUUUGAUGUGCCGUUGCCGCGUCUGCAAACGCCCGCUCAGUUUUUCUGUUGCGAAAGUUUCCCGUAAGUUUAAACAAACAUCAGACAUCGUAUUUUGUGGGUGAAAGUAAAUAUUUGCAAAGGCUCAAAUAAGCAGAGGUAUUAAAUUAAAGUAUCGUUAAAGCUGGCCAAAUAUUUCGCGGAUGGCUGCAUUUGUAACGAAUGAUGACGUAACCCCAUUUUUAACUCAACGCACAAAUUUUGCAUUGUGGGCACACGAGGCAUGUGUGUGCGUUACCCCACAAGGGCGUGCAGUUAGUGAAAGCCAAUCGCAGCCUCCACAACUGAAAUCAUCCUUGUAAAGUUAAUGCUUUCAAGUAUAAAGCCAGUGAUUUGACUUUACUGAUCCUUUAAGUGAACAGUUUUUGUUGAAAUCGGUACUUUGGACUACGGACUUGCAUCUCCCUACAGCAAGUUUCUUGGUCAACUGGAAGAAAAGCGGCUCCUGCCGGAUGUUUACACCACGGCUUUUUCAACGCUGCUUUCCGUUUUCCAACUGUUGUGGUAGUGGCCCCGACUACACUAUCGAUUCAACGUAGCGGUCUGCGUGCCUGAUCGACCUUGAGAGCGAUAAACGCCCCGGGGCGUUCUUACGGCUUAGCCGAAGGCUGUGUCGAUUAUGCUCGGGUUUUGCAUUCAUCGUCACGUGAUGACAUCGCCAUCCGGGCGGGUAGACUCGUGACGUUCGCGGGUUUAUUGAUCUGAAUCGGACCUUGAUCCCCCACGAGAGUGGCAUGGGUGAGUUGGGGUUCGAUACAGUCCGCUCACGGUCGCGACCGAGCACGGCCGCGUGCGGCGUAGUACCCAGUCCAGAGGACCUCGCCUCCAAGGAGCCCGUCCGGGGGUGUUGUUCAGAGAGGACCUCACACUACAGGCCCCGGUGACCAGUCCCAGAGCGCGUCGCCAGGAGUACCUUGGCUCUGUGUAACGCAGCUCGGGGUAGCUUGGGCUCAGUAAGGUAACCCAGGGUAGCUUGGGCUAUGUGACGCAACCUGGGUAGCUUGGGCUGUGCGAAGCGUAACCCUGCCCCAUGUGCUGGACUAGAGGGCACCCUACCCAUGUGUACCUCAGCCGGAGGACCGCGAAAGGAGUGCCGACACGAGGAGUGCCGACACGAGGAGUGCCGACACGAGGAGUGUCCUGGCGACUCCACAGGGAGUCCUCAUCCGAGUCCCCAUCCCCAAGACCCCGAUCCGGAGUGCUGCGCGCCAGCGUACCCGACGAAGAGCGCUCCGACUGCUGCGCCCCGUCUUGGGUAUCUCAUCCGCGUACGCCACCCGGAGCCAAAGCCGAAAGCCCAGUGCCGCCGUCAGCACGGCGGGCGUCUUUUGGCAGUGUGGUGCAGCGGCCCACAGGCCGGCGCUCGGGGAGGGCUGCUAUACAAACAACAACCAUCUGGU